AUGAUGCCUCCUACAGGAAUGAACACGACGUCAGGCUCGGCCGACAUGAUGCCUCCACCAGAAUGGAGCACGACGUCAGACUUAUUCGACACGGCGAGUCAGUCCGAAUCGAGCUCAAUGUCAGACUCGACCGACACGGCGAGUCAGUCCGAAUCGAUGUCGACGUCAGGCUCGGCCGACAUGAUGCCUCCACCAGAAUGGAGCACGAUGUCAGGUUCGAUUGAUGCAGAUUUGGCGCUCGCGCCUACUCCGAGUCCGCCGGCAUUGCCUCCAUUCACAGCAACGUCUUCGUCACAGUCAGGGUCGGACCUCGCUGAUGGGCCACCGGUUGCUUCGACGACAAAUGCGACAAGUCCGCAGCUGUUGACGACCCCAUCACCGUCCGAACAGAGACCAGCGUCAGGGUCGUCAGACGACAUCUCGGCAACAGCGACAUCGACCGUUGUGGUAUCCGGAUCCGCGUCUGGCUCUGAUGCCAGCAACGAAACUGGAUCAUUUCCAGAAGUUUCCGUUGCGAAUAUGUCUACGCCAGUGCCUACGACUAUGCCCGCGGCACUUUCGUCAAGUGGAAAUGGAAGUUAUCCGGAGACAGGAUCGAGAGGGGUUGGGCCCACAGGGUCAGUCGUCGGGCCGCGUGCUACGGCUGCAAGCCCGACUAUGAACAGCAGCUCAGAUCCCUCGCCAUGGUUGGGUAAUGUGGGUUUCGGGUCAGGCGCGAGCUCGGGAAGUGCUGACGUCGGUGAUUUCUGGUCGUCAGCAAGCAAGUCAAGAGGGGAUGGAAGUCUGGACAGUGUGGACAGCGAUAAUGGCGUGGAGUCGUAUGCUGGAGAAGUUGCGGUGCCCAGCCCGCUGUUGCGGCCAUCGUCAGAGUCAGGUCCGCCGCCUCCGUCGUUGCCAGCUCCGCCGUUGUUGUUUCCCUCGUCCGGUUCGUUGAAGAGCGAGCGCGUCACGCGUCCGCCGAUCAAAUCCCCUUCGUCGAGCGGUGUGUUGGUGUUACCUCCGAUCACGGACGACAGCGCGGACAGCGUCGACCCGCUGGCUACUGGCGGCAGUCAGACUCGGGUAAAUGAUGGGGAAAGUGGUGGGAACAGCGCGCUGGGCACAAGCACGAUCCUGUUUAUUAUCGUAGGGUGUAUCGUGGCAGCAGCUUUGGUGUUCGGGGCUGUAUGGCUUCGUCCGAAGCGUGCCGACCCUCUCGAGGUGUGUGAUCCAGACGAGUCUCGAGAACCAACGGAUGCGUAUCCGUACGCCGGGUCGGAAUCUGCUGGUCCGUACGAUGCGUCAAGAACGCCACGGGUGAUAACUGGUUACGAUCGAAUGGACGUGAGGGGCAGCAACGAGUACUUUGGCGCGUAG